AUGGACGGUUUGUCUAUAGUCACAGCUUGUUUCGCCUUUAUUGAAAUAGCCGACAAAACGUCCAAGGCCAUAUCGGAUUUUGUAAGGGGUUGCAAAGGUGCGAGGAACGACCUAGCGUUCGUCAAGCAAGAGCUGCUUGCUUUGAAACGAACACUGAAUUUGCUUAAGGAUCUUGUCAGCAAUGAAGAUGAACGAGAUUUGACAAAUAACCCGAAGCGAGAUAUUUGGGAUAUAAUUCAAAAUUUACGUGGCAUUGCCUCGAUCUCAAAGAAUGACCUAUGA